UAAAUCAGCAAAACGUAGGAUGACUACUAUUUUGAUGGCGUGGACGAAGAAAGUGUAGUUUUGGACACACGAGUCGUUUCAUUCUCUUUUACCUCAUCCGUCUCCUGUUGCAUAUCCGUGCGUGUUUACCUCUUUUCUGAAAAGAAAAAAAAAACCGUUAUUCUUCUCUUUUCUAGAGAGAGAGACUUAGAGAGGGAGAGGAAAGUAGUGAGACGAUGGAUAACACCAUUGACCUCAGAAUCACCACAACCAUGGCGGCAUCAUCCGAGAAUCACAACCCUCGCCUUCCAACCAAAACCAGAGAAGAAGGCGAACUCUCUUCUUCGGAUGACGGCGAUGAAAAUCCUAAUGGCUCUACAGUGCAAUCCACCCUUGCUGCAGGGUCUGGUUCUGUUCCUUUGGUGCAACAAAGCACCCAAGGGGUUCAAGGUGGAAGCUCCAAUAAUAUACAAACGCGAACAGCCAUACAACCAUUUUCACUGAAGAGCAUAAAAAAGAACCAAUUACCCCCUAAAUCUUCUCCAUGGACUGGUCAUGUAGACAAUGAUAAAAAUCUAGUAAUAAGCUUUUCUGAUGAUGACAGUGGUAGUGACAUUGAAAAUAAAGGUAAUCCUUCCGGGUUGAAAAGAAACGUCAAGCGACCUAUCUCAUCCUUGGGAAAUUCAAACAAGCUACAGUCACAACAAAAUGCUAGAAGUUUGCACAAGGAAAUUCCCAAGAAGUUGUCUAUGAAUCGCACAUUUAUCUCAUCAGUGGCCAAAAUUCCUAGUUCUAAUUCUAAGGGCGCUGGAUCCUGGUCACUGGGACAAGGACCACGAGCUCGAAAUUUGAAUCCAAUGAACAAAACUUUAGCUAGCCGAGAGCGUGACCAAGGAGCAUUAUCAAAUGACAAUAAACUUCAGGAUUUGCGGCAUCAGAUUGCACUUCGGGAAAGUGAACUGAAGUUGAAAGCAGCCCAGCAACAUAAGGAAUCUGCUUUAGUUUUAGGUAAGAAUCAGAAUGCCAUGAACUUGAAGAAUGACACAGGUAGGAAAAAUAUUCCAGUUUCCUCAGGGGCUGCACAAUUGGAGCUGAAAGAACCAGAUAGGAAGCGCAUAAAACUCAACACAUCUCAUGAUACACCUCAAGCUGUUGGUGGGCAGCAAGUUCCCGUUGUAAAAUCUAUAUUACCAUCAAAAGAUUCUUUGUGUGGGAACAUUUAUCCUCAGGAAAGAAACAAGGUUGAUCAUAACCAAAAGGAGAUUCCAUCAUGUAAAGGAGAGUCGAAAGUCAUAUCACAAAGGCAGCCUGACAAUCAUCUUGGCAACUCAUUAGAGAAUAUGCCUUGUAGAAGAGAAGGCGAUGUCAAUUAUGGUUGCUAUCAGGCUGACAAAAGUAGCAGGUUGGUUGACCCUUGUGCAGCUUUCAACCAAAGUUCAGUGCCAGCAAAUAUGCCUUCCAACAGCGUGCCAACUUAUUUAGAAGCAUUAAGCAAUGAUGUUCCUAUGAAUCGUAAUGGCAAUGCAAAUGUCUCAGAGCAUAGCAGCAUUGAUUUACAGUCAGUUUUUGGUAUGGAAGAAUUGAUAGACAAGGAACUGAAGGAAGCUCAAGAGCACAGGCACAGUUGUGAAAUUGAAGAAAGGAAUGCACACAGAGCUUAUCUUAAAGCUCAGAGGUCUUUGCUUGAGGCUAAUGCUCGAUGCAACAAUCUUUAUCGCCAAAGGGAAUUGUAUUCAGCUAAGCUACGAUCUUUGAUUUUGAAUAAUUCCAGCUUUUCUUUGUCUUUAGGACAGCACCAGCAACUUGAUAUAGGUCUAGAUUACUUACCUAAACUUGGAUAUGAAAUACCCACAUCAAGCUGUCUGAGGCAGGCUGAAUAUCAUAUUAAUAAUCCUAGUUUUGAUUCUAAUAAUCAAGGCAUCAAUAAUAGGCAGUCUGAUACUUCCUAUCAUCACACACAUGGAGCAAAUUUAGGUUCUGAACAUUGUGCUGAACCAGAUGCUAGUACAUCUGAGCCAUUGCCUCAAAGGGGUAAUCAUACUGCGGAUGAAGUGUAUUCUCCUACUAAUGAAUCUGACACAUCGGCUAAUGAAAAUGAAGAAAUUUCUCUAUCUGGACACGUUUCUAAUCAUCUUGAUGCUGAAUAUCAUAGAAAACAAGACUCCAAGGCGAAACAAAUGGACAUAGAUACAACAUCAAAUGCAAAUUGUUCCACCGGUAGUCCUCAGGAUUCUUUGCUUCUUGAAGCAGCAUUAAGGUCUGAAUUAUUUGCACGAUUAGGGAAAAGAGCCAUGAAGAGUAAUAAUCCAUGCAACAACAUUGAGACUACUGAACAAGGUGCUGAAAAUGAGGUUGGAAGUGAGAAAAGCCGAGUGCAUCAUGGCUCUGUCCCAUUGUCUAAUGCAGAAAACAAUGAUCUUAGAGGCAUCGAGAGGAAAGAAAGAAACAUCUAUCCGGAUACUCAGAUUCAAAGUCAGCAAAAAAUUGGUGGAAAUUCUUUGAGUGCCAACUGCGGUGCUGGUUCUGGUGAUCAAGGAGAAAUACCUUUUCAAGGUCAUCACUCGACUAAUCCGGUGAACGUUCUGCCUGUGAUUUUUAGGAGUGCAUUUAGUGAGCUGAGAGAAAUGUCAACAUUUAGUUCAGAUCAUUUACCCAAUCAAAAUAAGUCCACUCACGAUAAUGAUGAUCAAAGUCAAAAUGCUACUUGCCUCAGUUCUGAUGAAGCAAAGAAGAACAUGUCGGCAAUCUCAAUGUCUGUCACUGUUGGGAAUUCACUCUCAGAAGAAGGGACUUAUGGAUGGAGUCCUGAAGUUGAUCCGUUUUGGCCGCUUUGCAUGUAUGAGCUGCGAGGAAAAUGCAACAACGACGAGUGUCCUUGGCAGCAUGCUAAGGACUAUGCUGAUGGAAACAUUAAUCAGCAAACUGAUUCUAAUAAUGCAGAUUCUCAAGAUCGAUUGCCGUUGCAUCAGCAAAAUUGUAAUGGUGUGAGAAAAGUUACCAAGUAUCACAAAGCUACUAUUCUGCCGACAUACCUUGUUAGUUUAGAUGUUCUGAAAGCGGAUCAAUUUGCAUAUAAACCUUUAACUGCACAUAGAAUUGCUCAAUACUGGCAGCAGCAUUUCAGUAUCACUUUGGCUACUUUGAAUUUGCUACAAAAUGGUUCAGCUGCAGAUGGUCCAUUUUCACUUGGUGGUGAUGAAUGCAAAGAGGUCCGUGGGGCAUGGAGCAAACAGUUAUCUUUUCAGUGGAGAAAUGGAGUUGGGAAUCAAAUUAAACAGGCUAUGGCUGAUAGUGAGCAAGCUGUUGAGAUGGCUCUUCUUAUUCUUGACCAGGAAAUCAAUAAGUUGCGGGGAGUGCGAAAGGCUCUAUCUGUACUGUCAAAAGCUCUGGAGAUUGAUCCAACAUGUGUGGCUCUCUUGAUAGUUUAUUUGCUCAUUUACUACGGAAGUUUGGGGCCAAAUGAAAAGGAGGACACAUUCUUGUGUGUGGUUAAGCUCUAUGAAGGAUCUUAUGUACUGUGGCUCAUGUACAUCAAUAGUCGUAGAAAGCUUGAUGAUCGAUUAACUGCCUAUGAUUCUGCCCUCUCAGCUCUCUGCCAGCAUGCAUCUGCUGCUUCUGAAGACAGAACGUGUGAAAGUGCAUGCAUCUUAGAUCUGUUUCUGCAAAUGAUGGAUUGUUUAUGCAUGUCGGGGAAUGUUGAGAAGGCAAUACAGCUAACUUAUGGAGUUUUCCCGGCUACAACUAAAUCUGAUGAACCUAAUUUUCUGUCACUCUCAGAUAUACUCAAUUGCUUAACAAUUUCUGACAAAUGUGUGUUAUGGGUUUGUUGUGUUUACUUAGUUAUUUACAGGAAACUGCCUGGUGCUGUUGUUCAGAAGUUUGAAUGUGAGAAAGAUCUCCUUGACAUUGAAUGGCCCUUUGUCAGUUUAUCAGAGGACGAAAAAGAGAGGGCUGUUAAACUUAUGGAAACAGCUGUUGAAUGUAUUAACUGCUAUGCCUAUAAUGAGUCAAUGAAAAAUGAAGUUGAUCUCAAGUAUGCUCAACAUUUUGCUCUCAAUCAUCUCAGAUGCAUGGUUGCUCUUGAUAGCUUAGAAUGCUUAAGAAAUUUGUUGAAUAAAUAUGUUAAGUUAUACCCUUCCUGCAUAGAAUUGGUUCUGGUGUCAGCUCAAAUACAGAAACAAUAUUUUGGUGUUGAUAAUCUGAUGGUAUUUGAGGAUGCAAUUAGUAGAUGGCCAAAAAUAGUUCCUGGAAUCCAGUGCAUUUGGAAUCAGUAUAUUGCAUAUGCCAUCCAUUAUCAAAGAACGGACCUUUCAAAAGAAAUUACAGUCCGGUGGUUCCAGUCUGUAUGGCAAGUGCAGGAUCCUCCAUAUGGUGGGAUGGAUACUGCUGACGAUGGUAGUUCUUGUGGUUUAGUAGGAUUAGGUUCUAAAUUUGUUUCCGACUCAUUGAAUUCUGGUCAUAAACAGAUGGAUGAGAUGUUUGGAUAUCUUAAUCUGUCUGUUUAUUAUUUUUUCCAGAAUGAUAAAACAGAAGCAUGCAAAGCUGUUAAUAAGGCUAGGAAUACUGUCAGUUUUGUGGGUUUAGAGCAAUCUAUAAGAAAAUAUGUAAUGUUUCUGAUUUGUGAUGCAUCAAGCUUUAAUGAGGAUGGUCCUAAAGGUGCCAUCAAGAGAAUAUUGGAAGUAUAUAUGGAUGGUUCCUCCCAGGCAUUUCUGGCCCCUAGGGUACUAACGAGAAAUUUUGUUGACAACAUCAAGAAGCCAAGAGUACAGCAUCUCAUUGGCAACAUAUUAAGGCCAGCUUCAUUUGAUUGUUCUCUACUAAAUUUGAUACUUCAAUCAUGGUUUGAUUCAUCUCUUUUACCCCAAAUUGCGAGUGAUCCAAAGCAUCUGGUGGAUUUUGUGGAAGGCAUUAUGGAGGUAGUUCCUUACAACUUUCAAUUAGCUAUGUCUGUUUGCAAGUUACUGAGCAAGGAUUACAGUUCUUCUGAUCUAAACUCAACCAGUCUAUGGUUUUGGGCGUGUUCAACCCUGGUAAAUGCAAUUAUGAAUGCCAUCCCGAUACCCCCAGAGUUUGUCUGGGUGGAAGCUGCAGAGCUCCUGCACAAUGCUAUGGGCAUUGAAGCAGUAGCCCAGAGGUUUUAUAAAAAGGCACUGUCAGUGUAUCCAUUUUCUAUAAUGUUGUGGAAAUAUUACUAUAAUCUUUUUUUGUCCAUUGGUGAUGCAAACAAUAUUGUUGAAGAAGCAAAAGAAAGGGGUAUUAACCUUUGAUUUGGUAACUGGUUGAAUGUCAGGUGAGUAUCAACAUAAUUCCUUGCUCGUGGAAACACUUAUGGCCAAUUUUGCUUCUAUCACAUGGAGGCCUCAACGCAGGUGAUUUUUUUCUGCUCAAUAAUUGAAUAUUUUCCAGAUUUUGGAAACAGUUCUGAUGACAGAAGUUCCUAGAGUUCAGAGUUAAAGUUGCAUUAAACUUGUACAGGUAAGUAAACUAAACAAACUAGCAAUGUCAGGGUAACUUCUUAGGAAAUAUACAAGUGGGCUGGUGAAAAUUUUGUAUAUCUGAUCUUCCU